AUGUCACAAGAACAACACCCCCAACAAGUCCUCCCAGACAUGGGAGAGAACCCAUACCUUGCUGAGAUACCUGCCCCUAACCCUCAACGACGUAUCGAUGCCACGCCCUGGUCGACAUCAUUUGAAUGCGACCUAAUUGACACCAGCAAUGGCAUCUUCACGCAGGAAGACCUACGACUCCUCUCACAUGUCAAUUGCUCCUAUCUCUCAUCCGGCACAGCUCCCACGCUGCUGUCUCUAAAGCAACAUGCACAGAGCCUGGCUAUUUUAAUCAAGAAGAUCUCCGUUUCCACGAGCGAAGUAUUCAUUGGGGCCGACACCCAGACUGUUGAGAAUGAAGCGUUCGACUGGCUGGCGGACCUCAGCAAGCCCUACGAGAACAACGACAAAAAUCACAACCUCCCUCUACAUGCCCUACAGAACCAAAUCGCGAGCGAAAACGAGGUCCUGGGCGUCACCCAUCACUGCCCUUUGACCAUAAGGAAGAACAUUGGCCGCUCGGCAAGAGGUCGGCUGAGACUACCGCCGUACGAGUCGGGCCACGGACUUCUCAUGCAUGCAAAUGAGUGUCUUGAGCUGCUCGAUGACGACUUCGGCGAGACGGGCGGGCUGCUCUCCAUGCUCCCAUCCAACAGCAACGCUGAUUCAGAGCAGAUGGCUGCUGCCAGGAACACGCUGAUCGGGCAGUGGCUAAUUCAUCACCAGCACCUUGCCUUCCGACAGCGCGAGCUCGAGGUUGAUUUGGCCAAUUUGACCGACAUCCUGGCCAAGGAAGCCAGUAUACCACACCAACUCGUAAAUUAUCCCCCGCAGGAAGACGACCAGAGAACGGAGCGACAAGACCGGUAUAUCCUCACCAACAUUGGGGACGACGUGACUGAUCUUAUCCACGACAUUCUCGAUAAGAAAGAGGUAGAGGACCAGGACCACCUGAGGCUAUCUGAAGCUCGUGGUGUCCAUUCGAGGGCGCACGUCAAGGGCAUAGUCCAACAGGAUGUGGUCUCACGAGUGUCCCGAAUCAAGGGACAAGGAAGAGAGUCCCCGAUUUUCAUACUCCCCUGCUCGGAGGAGCAUCCAGGUACCUUGGCCACGCGCAAGGCGGAGAGAAAGACUCCCGAGAUACGUCUCGUAGCACGGAAACCGAGUCAGGAGGUAGAAAGGCGCUGGGCCUUUGAAAGGGAAAUGGCGGAUGAAAAGGCGAGGGAGCUGGAAAGGCUGCAUAGCCAAUACGCUAUACUAUAUCACCAUUAUCAGCAGCAGCAAGCCUGGAUAUUGGGAGGAGGGAACGGACCAAAUGGAGGGCAAUAA